CCUGGCUGGGUGUCUGUGAUAUAGUGCCUGACUGAAAACGUGACUCUAACUCCGACACGGCUCGAUGAGCGACAGGGCGCUAAGACAUGAACGUCUGGAGACUGACAAGACUCUAUCCUGCUUCCUUCCGGUGGCCGCGCUGUGGCCAUCGUCUGUCAGGCGCAGCGAAGGGCAGCCCGGUGCUGUACGGAAGAAAGCUAGAAGCCAGGAUGACCGGCCUGGAGAGCUGGGGGCGCUCUAGCAGCGCGUGGGAGAAGCAGGACGCAGAAACGAGUUAGGAGCGAGCGUGGGAGGCGGGGGCUCUGCGUGGAGCGAGAGUCACAGGAUGUCACGGAAGGAUGUCUCCCGGAAGAGGCGGGCUGAAGGCGAGGUCGCAGUCAACAUGGAGGACCCGCACCCUGAAGAGAAUAUGGAGCAGCAGGCUUCUACCAAGGAGAGGCGACCGGGCAGCCCAGAAAGCAAACUCUGCCACCUAGGGGUCCCACAGUGCACCCACUGCCUCAUCACCUUCGCCGAUUCCAAGUUCCAGGAACGUCAUAUGAAGCGAGAGCAUCCUGCGGACUUCGUGGCCCAGAAGCUGCAGGGGGCGCUCUUCAUCUGCUUCACCUGUGCCGGUUCCUUCCCAUCCUCCAAGGCCUUGAUCGCCCACCAGCGCAGCCACGGUCCGACUGUGAAGCCCUCCCCUCCUAGUGCACCCACUGCGGUCCAGCCUACCUUCCCUUGUCCUGACUGUGGCAAGACCUUUGGGCAGGCCACUUCUCUGAGGCGGCACCGCCAGGUACAUGAUACCCCUGCCACCCCUGGCUCCCUCACCUGCACCGAGUGUGGUCAGGAAUUUGCCCAGGAAGCAGGGCUCCAUCAACACUACAUCCGGCAUGCUCGGGGUGAGCUCUGAGUGUGGCUCAAACCCUCUCUAUAGUGCUGGGGGUUCUAGGACUGAUUGGGACCCACUCAUGCUAGGGGCAUGGGUCUCUUAGGGGCCCUGGAGGAAUUUCCCCACUGGGAAGCCAAAGGGUUCUCAAACACCCAAAAGAUUGUCGCUUAGACAUGCAGUCUUUGAAGGACACAGGGCAUUUUAAGGAAGUGAUGACAUCAGACAAGUGGCAAGAUGUGUUAAAAGUGAGAACGUGAGAAGGAAAAAUUAUUUCUAUCUCCCUCAUUCCAAUUAAAUAACUAUCUGCAGAUUGUAUAAUCACCUUUAAUUUUUCCCAGAUGGAUGCUAUGGGCUACAGGAGCAAAUUGCCCUGGCUCUGCGCCUGGGUGGGGGUAGGGAAGUGAGACGCUGCUGGCCUGGAUGCCGAUGCUGUUACUGGGUGAGUUCCAGACCUGGAGCACCGCAGGAUUUUGGGGAUGGGGCAGCAGGGGUGGGCUGAACCCUGAGAGGAGGCUCCAGUUUGAUUCCUUGUGUCUGCCAGCCCCACGCCAACCUUCCCCACUCAGGGGAGCUAUGACCCUGCAUGGUAAAGCGCCUCCACUCAAAAUUUAUGCUGUAUUUGACUAAUUUUGUGUAUCAUUCUAGUGACAGGAUAUUUUUAUACGCACACACGAGACAGCAUGAAUAAGCCAACAGGAAUAGUGUCUAGAAACAAAAUACCCAUAUUGAGUCUGAACAGGGAGCCCAGGCUUUUGAGUGGGAACUGCCAAAGAACAUAUGGAUGUGGGGAGGAGGGAGCACAGGGGAGGGCUGGCCUAGCCCUGUAGGACUCCUCUGGAAGCAAAUGAGGACACCUUCUGUCUCAUGUUUUUCUUGGCCAAUGCUGGGAGAUUUUCCCAUGGUGGUCUAGUGCUCAGCUUUCCUGAAAAGGCCCAACACACAUCUUAUACUGUCAGCAGGGACGAGGCCAGAAGCUACCAACUGGAACUGAGCAGUGGGUGUCACUCUCGCACUGGUGAUGAGUCCCAGCAGGUCUGUUUUAUUCUACAUGACUGGCCCUGCCCCUGGAGAUUGGCCAGUAACCUGCACACAGUACUCAGGGCUCUGUUUAAAUUGAGGAAGGUUUUUUAAAAAAAGAGAAAAAAGACAUUUCCCAGACUCCCUUACCGCUAGACAUUAGCCAUAUGACUGGACUGAGUUCUGGCUAAAUUCCUGAGUAGAAUCCUUACAUUUGGAGGAGACUUGUCUUUCCUCUCCCUUCCUAACUAGAAUGUGGACAUGGUGCCCAGCCAUCUUGGACCACAAGGCAAAGAUCCACAUGGGAUGGUAGAGCAUCAAAAUAUCAGGAGCCUGGGCCUCUGGUCACCUUCAUAGGACAUUUACAUACCAGCUCACGUAUGUGCCAUUAGAUGAGAGCAAUAAACCUCUCUCAGUUAAGCUACCGUUAUUGGGUCCCUGUUACAUGCAACAGAAUUUACAGCCUAAGACAGGAGUCUGCAAACAAUGGCCAAUUCCAGCCUGUUGCUUAGUUGUGCAAAUAAAGUUUUAUUGGAACGUA